AAUGCUGCUUGCCAACCGCUGCGAAGCAGGAAGAAGAAGAAGACGAAGAAUAACAUCUAAAUAGGAAGAAGCUCUCCUUAAAAACAAAAUGGAUAUACUAAAAGCCGAAAUAGCAAGAAAGAGGAAACUUUUGGAGGAAAAAGAGCUUAUUGAUGACUCCAAAAAGUUCUUUAAAAGGGCUGAUCUUGUACGGAAGGAAAAAGAGGAGUACUUUAAGAGAUGCGGAUACAAGGUUCAGACAGAGACUCCUAAGAGCCAGCUUGAUAAAGAAGAAGAAAAUGAGGCGUCCACUUCAGCUAAUCCAGUGUUGGAGCUUGAAUUGACAGAGGAGAAGCUGCCAAUGACUCUGUCACGACAGGAGGUAAUUCGACGACUUCGAGAGCGAGGAGAACCAAUCCGAUUGUUUGGAGAAUCUGAUUAUGACGCUUUUCAGAGACUCCGGAAAAUUGAGAUCUUAACCCCAGAAGUAAACAAGGGUUUGAGGAAUGACCUGAAAGCUGCCAUGGACAAGAUCGACCAGCAGUACCUGAAUGAGAUUGUUGGAGGAACAGAGUCAGGGGAGCCAGACACACAGCACGACCUGAAAGUUCAUGAAGAAAACACCACCAUAGAAGAGCUUGAGGCUCUUGGGAAAACCUUGGGCACGGGGGAUGACAGUGGAGAUCAAGAUGUCAUUGCCAAAUUUUUAAAGUUUCUUCUUGGUGUUUGGGCCAAAGAUCUGAACAGCCGAGAGGACCACGUGAAGCGCAGCGUUCAGGGAAAGCUAGCCAGUGCAACACAUUCACAGACUGAGUCUUACCUUGAGCCCCUCUUCAAGAAGCUCAGGAAGAAGAAUUUACCUUCUGACAUCAAAGAGUCGAUCACAGACAUUAUUAAGUUCAUGUUGGAGAGGGAAUAUGUUCAGGCUAAUGAUGCAUACCUACAGAUGGCUAUUGGUAAUGCUCCCUGGCCUAUCGGUGUGACCAUGGUGGGUAUCCAUGCCCGUACUGGACGAGAAAAGAUCUUCUCCAAACAUGUGGCCCAUGUUCUUAAUGAUGAAACACAGAGAAAAUAUAUUCAGGGUCUGAAGAGGCUAAUGACUAUCUGCCAGAAACACUUCUCAACUGUUCCGUCAAAGUGUGUGGAGUACAACGCUCUCUAACAUGACAAUGUACCUGACAUCCGGACAGAAGCCCAUUCAGUCAAAAUGUUUCCUGUUUGUUUCACACCAGCUCUUUCUUUUUUGCUAUGACUGAAUAGCAAUAGAUAAAGAAAAUAUCUGAGAAACUUUCUAUUUAACUUAACAAUCUUAAGUGUAUUUCUUAAGAUUGUUACCCUUAUUGAAAAUGCAUCUGUUAAAACAUGAUUUGGGUAAAUAAAGGUCAACAACAUACAGGCAGAAUUAUGCCAGUUCUAAAAUGUACCACACAUAACACAUGCUUAUUUUGUAUACAACUUUUUUCCCUUUUACAAUGAGAAGAUAGUAUGUAAAUGUUGUGCAACAUGUUUUCACUUAGACAUUUUCAUGUGGUGGUGCAAAGCUAAAUGAAAGUGGUGUAAGUUUUAUUACACUUUGAGAUAAUAAAUGAAUAUUAAACGUGAUACUUUCUGUUGGUUAAUCUCUGUGUUCAUUUUGAGCAAAUACAAAACCCAGUCAGUGUAUAAUUUCACCUUAGUGAGAAACAAUUCUGUUUGUAUGCACUGCAAAUAUGAUUUUUUUCCUUUUUGAGUUAUGUUCUGAUUUUAAAUUGCCAAGAUUUUCACUUGUCCUCUGCAGCAGAGCUUCUGAAUGGGACUAUUUUUAGUCACCAAUGUCUGUUUAGUCAAUAUGAAUCAUGUGACUAAAGGAACAAUAAAGGACUCUCCACAGCAAGCUGCUCUA